AUGCGGCCGGUGCAGAAGUCGCUGUGCGCGCUGCUGGUGGCCGCAGCGUCCCUGGCCCUGCUCUACCUGCACGUGUGGGCCCCCAAGCCCUACAGCAGCGUGGACCUGCGGCCGCGGCCCCCCGCGCGCCUCCCGGACGGGCGCCUCGGCCAGCCGGCCCGCCAGUACCCCCACAUCGCCUUCCGCCUCAAGGAGCAGGUCAUGGAGCGGCUGCCCAGGAACGCCUGCUCCUGCGAGGCCGAGCCGGGCAUGACGCUGCCCUUCCCGAAGCAGCUCUUCGGGCAGGUUCACAGCGUCGACUUCGCCGGCGCCUUCGACCCCGACGAGCUGCCCCUCAUCCAGCGCCAGCGCGAGCAGGAGUACCAGCGGCAGCAGCUCCGGGUGCAGUCCCCGGCCGACCGGCUCCUCGUGGUCCGCGCCAACUCCCCGCUCGAGUACCCGGCCCAGGGCGUGGAGGUGAGGCCGCUGCAGAGCGUCCUGGUGCCAGGGCUCAGCUUGCAGGCAGCGGGCAGGAAAUCCUACCAGGUGAACCUGACGGCCACGAUGGGCACGCUGGACGUGGCGGCCGUGGUGGACGGCGUGGCGCUGCAGGGCGAGGGCGAGCCCCGGCUCUCGCUCACGGCCGCCCGCCUCGACCACCUCAACCGCCAGCUGCAGUUCGUCACCUACACGAACACCCUCUUCCACCCCAACACGGCCGACAUAGGUGGCACCUACCACCCCGUCGGCUCUCCAGUGCAGUUCUCCACCGAUGGGCAUGAGGCCUCCUUCACCAUCCGCAUCCGGCACCCACCCACGCCCCGGCUCUACAGCCCCGGCCCCCCGGGUGACGGGGACGCAGGUGACACCAGCCCGGCACCGGGGGGUGACGGUCACCCACCUGCCGCAGAGUACAACAUCAGCGCCCUGGUCACCAUCGCCACCAAGACCUUCCUGCGCUACGACAAGCUGCAGGGGCUCAUCGCCAGCGUGCGCCGCUUCUACCCCUCCGUCACCAUCGUGGUGGCCGACGACAGCCAGAGCCCCGAGCCGCUGCAGGGCCCCCACCUCGAGCACUACCUCAUGCCCUUCGGCAAGGGCUGGUUCGCGGGGAGGAACCUGGCCAUCUCACAGGUGACCACCAAGUACGUGCUGUGGGUGGACGACGACUUCAUCUUCACCCCCCGCACGCGGCUGGAGAAGCUGGUGGACGUGCUGGAGCGGACCAGCCUUGACUUGGUGGGUGGCGCGGUGCGGGAGAUCACGGGCUACACGACGACGUACCGGCAUCGGCUGAGCGUGCGGGCGGGCGGCGCCGGCGGCGACUGCCUGCGCACGCGGCCCGGCUUCCACCACCGCCUCGCCGGCUUCCCGGGCUGCGUGGUCACCGACGGCGUCGUCAACUUCUUCCUGGCCCGCACCGACAAGGUGCGCCAGGUGGGCUUCGACCCCCGGCUCCGCCGCAUCGCCCACCUCGAGUUCUUCAUCGACGGGCUGGGCGUGCUGCACGUGGGCUCGUGCGAGGACGUCGUGGUGGACCACGCGUCCAAGCUGAAGCUGCCCUGGCGCAAGACGGAGAGCGAGAAGCAGUACGCCAAGUACCGCUACCCCGCGGCGCGCGACGACAGCCUCAGCCUCAAGCACGGCCUCUUCUACUUCAAGAACCGCUUCAAGUGCAUGACGGGCAACUAG